CCGAAGCAUUUAGCGACUUGCGGGAUAAACGUCUGACAAGUGAUCCCCUAAGUACUUACUGUACCUGGGGUUGCCGCGAAUUCAUCGCUUUCUCUACGCUUUUGGUUAAUUUGUAGUUAACAAAAUUAAAAAAUAAAAUUUACACAGUGCAUGCUUUAUAUGCAUGUUUGUAUAAAAAAAUAGCUUCUGUGAGAGUGCCGGACUCCAAGAACAGAAUGAAACGGUUCUUCCUCGUAGAACCCGUGAUUGGCAUUUUUGCGUUUGCAAGUCUGUUGACUUAUCCAGUACUGCAGCAGUAUGUAUACCAGCGACUUUGGGAUGAGAUUGCCAACUCCAGUUAUCCCAGAACUCAAAGCUCUUCCCAGUGCAUGAGCAAUGACAGCAGUGUGAAAAAACUUUACGAUGAUGUGCAGAAGGAGACUUCCUUGUUUUUGUUAUACAGUGAGUUGUGCUUCAUGUUCCCCAGCCUGGUGGUCUCCUUGUUGCUCGUGUCCUACAGCGAUCACAGAGGCCGCAAGAUAGCCAUCGUCCUGCCCCUGAUAGGAAAUGUUCUCUUCUCCUUAAUCUACUUUGUCGUCUGCUCAUUCUCUUUGAACCUGAACAUUGUGCUUGUUGGUUCUUUUCUGAUGGGCCUGUGGGGGGGUCCCACCUCCCUUGUAGCAGGCUGUUUUGCUUACGUGGCAGACCUCUGUGACAACAGCAAAAAAAAGACUGUGCGCAUGGCUAUUUUGGAAAUGGUUGUGGGCCUGCUGUCUGGGGUGGCCUCUUUAUCUACGGGCUACUUUAUACAGGCAGGAGGCUUUAAAUGGCCCUUUCUCACAGCAGCCCUGCUCCACUGCCUGAACAUUUUCUACGUUGUUUUCUUUCUUGAAGAAACAGUGAAACCCCCCAACUUCAGCCCCUUGCCAGGUUUCACUAUGGAGGCCUUGAAAAAUCGUUUCCACAGGGUCUACCUCCUCUUCGUGGCCUCCAGCAGGAAGAGGAGCACGCUCCUCAUCCUCAUGAUGCUCGCCUUUACGUUCCACAAGUUUGCCAAUUUCGGAGGGAUCUUCAUGUUCAUCAUUUAUGAGCUGAACGCCCCCCUCUGCUGGAAUGAAAUCCUGAUUGGGUAUGGCUCUGCUCUUUCCACCUUGAUCUUCCUUUCCAGUUUUGCUGGGGUGUUUUGCUUCUCCCGCUGCCUUGAGGACAUCUACAUUGUGCUGAUCGGCCUUGUCUCAGCCAUGGCAGGAUUACUGAUGGCAGCCUUUGCCAAAACCACACUUCUGAUGUUUCUUGUUAGAGUACCGUUGCUUUUUGCCAUAAUGCCAGCUCCAGUGUUGCGAUCCAUGAUGUCGAAGAUUGUUUUGAGUUCUGAACAAGGGGCUGCAUUUGCUUGUUUGGCUUUCCUGGAGAUGGUGAGCACCGUGGUUUCCUUUGCAGUGUUCAGCAGUAUUUACGCAGCCACGGUCUCCUGGUUCUCUGGUUUCAGCUUCAUUUUGGCUUCCGGCUUGACUGUGAUCCCAAUUGUGCUGAUGGGCGCCGUGCAAUAUCUAGGUCUGGAAUCAACUGAUGAGACCCAGUUCCUCACUUCUGAAGGUGACGGUGAAGUUGACAAUGAAACCAGGAAGGACAGAACUCAGUUGUCCGACAAGGACAAGAGCUAAAUUGACUUUCUUCCAACUGACACAAUCACUGCCUUUAUGGUACAAUGGGACUGAGAGGCGGGGAUUAAAAAAAAAAAAACUCUACUUAUGAUUUGGUUUACUCUUAGUUUCUGUACAAUGUGUUUUAAACACAACUGUGAAUUGCAUGGAAAGAAACUGGGUGGUUGUCAGGUAAACUUUCCUCCUGGUAGGAGUCUUUGCAUAUGCCACGCAUUUGGCCCUACCUAUAUUGUAGUACUAAAACUUUCUUAAAAUACUUACCGUACUUAAAAUAAAAAUGUGUUCCAAUUGAUGGGCAAAGAUACUGUACAUGCAGCCAAAUGCGCUAUUAUUUGUGCAUUUUCACAGUGAAAAAUAUAAUAUGGACAAAUACAUUGAUAGUGGGCUUGACAAGGCCAAAGUCAUAUAGAAUAGAAUUAAUUAAAUAAAAACUAAACAACACAAGGAAACACAAAUCAAUAAUAUGUGGGGCCACUGUGGGCAGUAAGAACAUCCUAGCUGGGAUGUUUCAUGUAUUGCACAAUGUUCCCAAAUUUUUGUGACUCAAUGCCAGGCCACUCUUUCAAUAGUAUUACCUACAGCUGAGUUAUGAUACAGGAAUUAGUACAUGGGAAUGGCCUGCAUUUUUCAUUUGAUCUAAGGAUUGGCUUUGAAUGUCUUAAUCUUGCUCUUCAUUAAGACAGUCAGAAAUAUGCUGCUUCUGCUACUUAGGGUUGACUUUGGAAUUCCCUAAAUUAUUGAUUUAGUGAGAAUAAAUAAUGUGCUGCCUGUGGAAAGAAAAUAUCAUUUUUACUUUUGAUAUUCUGAUGUUUUGUUUGCCAAACUAAAGGGUAUGAAAUGCUCAGCUGGGAUUUGAGGUUAAACACAACAAGUGCUGGUGCACUACUGCAUAUAAACCAAGCUGCUGCAAUUCAAUAAUUUAAAGAAACUUGAAUUUUACAGGCAAGGCAUCUAGAAUCGUUUUAAUUGUAUCAUUGGAAUCCCUAAACAGCUACAGAUUCCAGAGGCUGAUGACGAUUCUUUGGUUGUUGAGGAGAGCUGCAAACUUUGUAUAACAAUGGUAUAAAUCUUAAUAAAAUACUCUAUUGUCUGUAGCAUUAGUGUUCGAAAAUUUAACAGAAAAAGACCUAUACUAUAUAUUAGGCAAUGCUAUAUAGACUAAAGAAAGAAUGUAAUUAGCACUUUAUAGAGGUUAUUGUUAUUUGAAUAAAUGAUAGAUGAUAAUUGCAAA